CCUGAGUUCAGCACAGUUUGAUCCUGGGAGCCGUAAGUGAGUGCAGCGGGGGGUCGUGAACAGGUCCUUGGAGCUCUUGGGAGCAGGCUAUAACUCUGGGGUAGAAGUGAGGCUGAUCAGAAGCCAGAGGUAAACCACUGGACUCACGGACGCAUCAUGUCCAGCUCCCUGCUGGCUGGAGGUCAUGUGGUCAGCUUGACUCCCCACGAAGAAUCCAGGAUGGCCCUGCACCCAAGCUCCAACCCCAGCCUCCCAGCACUGUGUCCUUACUACACCACAGAGAGCUGGGGAACCCAGCCCCUGAUGGCCCCCACCCUCUGCAAAGGCACCUCCAGCAGGUUCCAGCCUGCUCGGCAAGCAGAAGCCAAAGCUCACUGCCCCCUGCAGCACCCUAAGGAGCAGGCCUCAGGGACCUCACAGGACCUCGACUCCUGCAUUGACUUCUCACUGGAGACCCUCAACCAGAUGAUCCUGGAACUAGACCCCACCUUCCAGUUGCUUCCCUCUGGGACUGCUGGUCCCCAGGCUGAGCAAGCCAGCAGCAUCACUUCAAGGAGCAAGAAGGAGGAACCUGAAGCGUUAGAUAUAAAGUACAUCGAAGUGACCUCCACCAGAUCAAGAUGCUUCGACGGUCCCCAACGCUGCUCCAGCCCGUGUGUCACUCCACCCUUUGGCUCCCCACGCAACGGCAGCCUCCUUUUCUCCAGAGACAUUCCCCGAGAGACUCGAAGCAGCAGCGAGAGCCUCAUCUUCUCUGGGAACCAGGGCAGGGGUCCCUCUCCCCACACCCCAUCUUCCCUUAGCAGUUCCAGCUCUGGCCAGGAGAGCAGGGCCUCAGGCUCCCCACUGGCCACUCCUCCAGGUUGGGAGAAAGGGCCACGGGCCCCACAGCGGGGCAGCAGGGUCUCUGUGCUGUCAGCCAGCCCCACGUCAGAUGUCAGCUAUGUAUUUGGAAGCAGCCAGUCCCUCCCACACUCAAGCUUCUCCAGUUAUCAGUCGUCUUCGCGAUCCUUGGCGAGUCCAGCCAGCUCCUCUUCCAGCCUCCACAGCCUGGAGCGAGGGUCCCCGUGUGUGAGACCUGAUGAUGCCCAGGCUCCCAGCAACCCAAUACCGAACAUGGGCCAGCCCCAAGCAGCCUACUGUCCUCCAGUAGCCAAGGAGCAGGCCGGCAGUUGCCCCCCUUCUGUCACCAACUCCAUGGUGGACGUACCCAUUGUGCUAAUCAAUGGGUGCCCAGAACCACAGCCUCCCCCAGCCCGGCAGACACCAGGACACCAGGGCUCUGUCCAGCCUUGGGCUGCAUCUCCCAGCCACCCCUGUCGGGCUACCGAGAGCCACAGCCAGACUCUGCCAGAUGGUCCUGGUCCUGUCGCUGCAUCCCCAGACGGUGCUGCCAAGGGCAUGCAGCCCACCAUGAAGUUUGUGAUGGACACAUCCAAAUACUGGUUUAAGCCAAGCAUUACUCGAGAGCAAGCAAUUGAUCUGUUGAGGAAGGAGAAGCCAGGUGCUUUCGUCAUCAGGGACAGUUCCUCCUACCGGGGCUCCUUCGGCCUUGCCCUGAAGGUACAGGAGACGCCAGCUUCUACCCCAAACCGACCAGGUGAGGACAGCACUGACCUUAUACGUCACUUCCUGGUGGAGUCUUCAGCCAAAGGGGUGCAUCUGAAAGGAGCAGAUGAGGAGCCCUACUUUGGGAGCCUCUCUGCCUUCGUGUGUCAACACUCCAUCAUGGCCCUGGCCCUGCCCUGCAAACUCACCAUCCCACACAAAGAACUUGGAGGCGCAGAACCAGCACUGGACUCCCCCACGCAUGGCCAGACCUCUUGCCUGAAGAUAUCAGCUGGCUGCCACACCCUGUACCUGAGCUCGGUGAGCGUGGAGACCCUGAGCGGAGCCCUGGCUGUGCAGAAGGCCAUCUCAGUCACCUUGGAGAGGGAUGUCCUCCCCACACCUACUGUGGUCCAUUUCAAAGUCACUGAACAGGGCAUCACUCUGACAGAUGUCCAGAGAAAGUUGUUUUUCCGACGCCACUACCCACUCGCCACCCUCCGCUUCUGUGGAAUGGACCCUGAGCAACGGAAGUGGCAGAAGUACUGCAAAGCUUCCAGGAUCUUUGGGUUUGUGGCCAAGAGCCAGACGGAGACACAAGAGAACGUGUGCCACCUCUUCGCAGAGUACGAAGCAGUCCAGCCAGCUCUCCAGGUCAUCAGCCUGGUGACUGCUCUGCUGCAGGAUGCAGACAGGGUAUAGGAGAAGGGAGCUGCCUAUGGGCCUUCUCUGACAUCUCAAGAGCCAUGCCGCUGUGGCCACAUCGACAGACUUGACUGUCGGACCUGAGGACAGAGCAAGUUGAAGCUUUUGAGCCUGCUGUGACAUUCAGCAGUAACCUUCACACAAUUCUUGGGCCUCAGGCUCUUCAAUUAUAUAUAAAGAGACCCAUCCUCAAGAAAAACUGUCCCUUGGAGACUCAGCUGGGAAUCUUCAGUGUGUUCCUCCAUGCUGCUGAAGCCCACCCACAUCCAAGACUCCCUGCGUAAAAAUUGCCUGCAACGACACUCUGGCUUCAUCAGCUUGAACUCUCCCUAUGUGGCAGAUUGAGCCAGAGACCUAUGACCCCUGCAAACGGCAAACAGCAGGUGCUGGGUCAGAACUCGUAGGCUCCCUGGCUGGAAGCCGGUGAUGGUGGGUGCAGUUUGGGGACAGGUUCGAUUUCCCUCACACCUGUCCCUUCCCUGCUGGCCCAGGAUUCUUUUGUUUUCAAGAGAUGGAAAGGUUUGGGGGUUGUGAAUGUAACUCAGUUGCUAGAGGGUUUGCCUGACAAGGACAAGGGCAGUGGUGAGUGCUAAAAAUCCCAGCACUUGAAGAGGCAGGGAGAUCAGAAGUUCAGGGUCAUUCUUAGCUACAUAGUGAGUUUAGGUCAGUCUAUGCUACAUGAGACCUUGUUGAGGGAAAGAGAAAGAAGCAGAGAGAGAGAGAGGAGAGGAGAGGAGAGGAGAGGAGAGGAGAGGAGAGGGAAAGAGAGAGAGGGGGAGAGGGAAAGAGAGAGAGAGAGGAGAGAGAGAGAGAGAGAGAGAGAGAGAGAGAGAGAGAGAGAGAGAGAGAGAGAGAGAGAAAGUUUAGUUUUCAUGAAUCUCACCCAAUGAGCAUCACAGCCUUCACCUGCAAAGACCACACUCCCAAUUCAGAUCGGGGGGAACCACUCCAAGAAGCAGCUGCCGUGGGAAGAGGGUUUCAAAAUGGGCAGGUGCCUGCAAGGUCCACAAUCUAUGAUGGAGAGGAGACAGGGUCAAGGGCCUCAGCCAGAGCAGACCUGUCAGCACAGUGCGUGUAGCCUAUAGCGCAACACAUUUCAGCUUGCUUUGGGGGACCCAUCAGAUGCUGUCAGAGUCGAGUCUGAGCACAGAACGGAGUGAGUUUUCGUACCCUCGCUGCUUCUGCUUUGCGAUCAAGGUUGUCAGCAUAGUCCUCUCUAAUGCAGUAUUUAAAACGUUCUCACAUCUGGAGAUCUGGGCAUUGCAGUCUGAUCAACUCCUAGCCAUCUGGUGGAACUUUCUGGAUUCCUCUGAUUUUAGGUAUAAUUUGCCAAGGCCUUGGGAUCUUUUUCCCAAGGGCAGGCUAGGAAAGUCCCUGGCCUCUGCAGUUACAAACUUGGGCUCUUGUCUAGUUGGUCAACUGCUCUGUGAUGUUGGCCCAGGAUUCUGAAGGCUAGCUUGACUGUGCCUGUGGGGCUAGCUUAGUAGAAGACCCUUGUCCCCAUGGUCAGAAAAGUCUCGGCAGUGCUCACAUUCUUAAUGUGUAAUCCGUCCUUCCCAAUAUAUUACAGAUGAAUAUCACCCCCCAUCUUGGCUUUCAAUUUCUUGAUAAGCAUGUGCCCCAGAAGAGGUAUCACAGCUGCCUGGCAUUGCUCUCAUAACCUACAUCUGGUGGAUGGGAAAGAGAGACCCUGUUGCUUUAGUACAGAUAGAGGUGUAUUUCCCUGCCCCAACUCCAUUCUUGCUGGGUCCUCCAGGUCCAACACACACACACUCUGUGGCAUCACCAGCCUUACAAACACAAGGGGGCAGCAGAGAGUCAAGAAUACAAAGAGGCAGCGUCUCUAGCUGGUUGGAGAAGUUGGGCUCUUUCCCUCCCACAUUCAAGACUGCCCUGCAAAAACUCUGCUUCCAGCCUGCCGGCCUCCUUAGGAGACUAUGCCAUGGCAUGCAAUGGGACACUCACAGAAGCCCGCUGUAACUCAAUGUGGAGCAAGUGUCUAUCCUCUCCUGUCAUCAGCCUACAGAGCACCAUUGUCCUUGGCCAAGGUCAGACCUGAGGGAUUAUGAGUUCAACUCAGGAAAAGCAAAUCGGUCAGGGAGUGCAGGGGUGGAGUGGGGAGGGUGCUAGGCUCACAUUGCAGGCUAAGACUGGCCCUCCCAGCAUGAGAUCGGGCUCCGUUCGUUCCACCCAUUCCAGGAUUAGUGGGAAGAGUCCUCCAUACAUCCUGUGUACUUCGUGGAAAAUAAAGUUUCUUUGUAUAAUAGCUGGUCCUGGACAUCCAGAGCUAUCUCCUGAGUGCUGAGCAGAGAAGGGCACCCAGCAGA